AUGGAUCUGGAUAAAACAUCUGUCUGGGGCUCAUUAAAGCAGCGGACCAGGCCUUUGUUAAUCAACUUGAGCAAGAAAAAGAUGAAAAAGAGCACACACAAGCCCCUAGACCUACAGGCAGCUCACCAUCUGGACCGCCGCCUGAGCCUCUCUGUUCCUGACAUCCUGGAAGCUGAGACUCUGCCCUAUUCUGGACCCCAGUCAUCCUACACUUCGGUACCCAAUAGCCUGUCGACCGCAGGCAUCUUUCUGAAGAGUAGCAGUAGCUCCCUGAAGCAGUCUGAAGAAGAACUGGGCUGGAGCCAGGAGGAAGCUGGCCACCUGCAUGGGGUGGAUAUGGACUCAGAGGAAACUUUCGCCUCCCCUGCUGCAGAUAGGAGGGCAUCCAGUAAUGGUGUGUUUGAUCUUCUCCAGAAAAACCCCCUUGGAAGUGAUGCAUCCGAAGAUCUGGAGAAGUCGUAUGGAAGUGGUGAUCUGAAUGCUUCUAUGACUACUCAGCAUUUCCAAGAACAUCCUGCUGUUGGGGAAGCUGGGGAUGGACUGAGGAACCUCCCCAGCCCCUUUGCCUACCUCCUCACCAUCCACCUAAAGGAAGGCCGGAACCUUGUCAUCCGGGACCGCUGCGGCACAAGUGAUCCCUAUGUGAAAUUUAAGCUGAAUGGGAAGACACUGUACAAAAGUAAAGUCAUAUAUAAGAACUUGAACCCAAUUUGGGAUGAGAUAGUUGUGCUACCUAUACAAAGCCUUGAGCAAAAGCUCCGUGUGAAGGUAUAUGAUCGAGACUUAACCACCUCUGAUUUCAUGGGCUCUGCAUAUGUCACUCUCAGUGAUCUUGAGCUUAACAGAACAACUGAACAUAUUUUAAAAUUGGAAGAUCCAAACAGUUUAGAAGAUGACAUGGGAGUGAUUGUGUUAAACUUAAAUCUAGUAGUGAAACAGGGUGAUUUCAAGAGACAUCGUUGGUCAAAUCGGAAGCGGUUAAGUGCCAGCAAGUCCUCUUUGAUACGCAACCUUCGACUCUCAGAGUCUUUGAGAAAGAACCAACUGUGGAAUGGGAUUAUAAGUAUAACUUUGUUGGAAGGAAAGAAUGUGUCAGGAGGAAGCAUGACAGAAUUGUUUGUUCAGUUAAAACUGGGAGAUCAGAGGUACAAAAGUAAGACACUGUGUAAGAGUGCAAAUCCCCAGUGGCGGGAACAGUUUGACUUUCACUACUUCUCUGACAGGAUGGGCAUUUUGGACAUUGAAGUCUGGGGAAAGGACAGCAAAAAGCAUGAGGAGCGUCUGGGCACGUGUAAAGUGGAUAUCGCUGCCCUCCCUCUCAAGCAAGACAACUGUCUGGAGUUGCCGCUAGAGAGCUGUCUGGGGACACUCCUCAUGCUGGUCACACUCACACCCUGUGCGGGGGUCUCCAUCUCUGAUCUAUGUGUCUGCCCCUUGGCAGACCCCAACGAGCGAGAGCAGAUCUCCCAGCGAUAUUGCUUACAGAACUCCCUGAAAGACAUGAAGGACAUCGGCCUUUUACAAGUGAAAGUUUUAAAGGCAGUUGAUCUCUUAGCAGCUGACUUCUCAGGGAAGAGUGAUCCUUUCUGCUUGUUGGAAGUAGGCAAUGAUCGACUGCAGACACACACCAUUUACAAGAACCUCAACCCUGAGUGGAACAAAGUGUUUACGUUUCCCAUUAAAGAUAUCCACGAUGUUUUGGAAGUGACAGUGUUUGAUGAAGAUGGAGAUAAACCCCCCGAUUUUCUUGGAAAAGUUGCCAUUCCCUUGCUGUCUAUUAGAGAUGGGCAAACAAAUUGUUAUGUAUUGAAGAAUAAAGAUUUAGAGCAAGCAUUUAAAGGAGUUAUUUAUUUGGAAAUGGACCUCAUAUAUAACCCAGUCAAAGCAAGUAUCAGAACCUUUACUCCAAGAGAAAAGCGCUUUAUUGAAGACAGCCGCAAGCUCUCCAAAAAGAUUUUAUCAAGAGAUGUAGACCGUGUGAAAAAAAUCAGCAUGUCCAUAUGGACUACAAUACAGUUUCUUAAAAGCUGUUUCCAGUGGGAAUCCACAGUGAGAAGUACAAUUGCAUUUGUGAUAUUUUUGGUCACCGUCUGGAAUUUUGAGCUCUACAUGAUCCCCCUGGCCUUGUUGCUGCUCUUUCUUUACAAUUUCAUCAACCCAGUGAAAGGGAAAUCCAGCAGUGUCCAGGACAGCCAGGAGAGCACAGAUAUAGAUGAAGAGGAGGAUGAAGAUGACAAGGAAUCUGAGAAAAAGGGUUUAAUUGAAAGAAUCUAUAUGGUACAAGAUAUUGUUUCAACUGUUCAGAACAUCUUGGAGGAAAUCGCUUCUUUUGGAGAAAGAAUUAAAAACACAUUCAACUGGACAGUCCCGUUCCUGUCAUUCCUGGCCUGCUUGAUCCUGGCCGUGGCCACCGUCACCUUGUACUUCAUCCCACUGCGGUACAUCAUUUUAAUGUGGGGCAUAAAUAAGUUUACUAAGAAGCUCCGAAAUCCCUAUACCAUCGACAAUAAUGAGCUCCUAGACUUUCUCUCCAGGGUACCAUCUGAUGUUCAAAAGGUGCAGUAUGCGGAACUGAAACCCUGCAGCAGCCACAGCCCCCUUCGAAAGAAGCGCAGCGCUCCCUAG